AUGGAGCUGAAGAGAGGAAAGACCUUCAUCAAAUCCAGCCUGCAGAUUUCCCAUGAGAAAGCCCCAGAUCCAGCAGCCGCCACUCUGGCCAGGGAGGAUGCAAGUCCCUGGUCAGUCUCACCAGGAGGGCAACAGAAACCCCAGAGUGAAAGGGCCCCACAGGUUAGUCCCAGCGCCCAAGGAUAUGACAGAUGCUCCAACAAGGAAGCAAAGCCAGAACCCGAGGUGGGGGCUGCAGCCUUUUGUGGGGCCACCUUCAAACUGGUACAAAAGAGCAAGACUCAUGACAGUGUGCCUGGGGCUGGCAGGGCGAGCACAACCACAGGGCAGCUGGUGGGCAGUGCAAGCUUCCCAGGGCCCCCCAGCAGCCAGCGCAUGAUUGAUUACCGCCACUUUGUGCCCCAGAUGCCCUUUGUGCCCGCUGUGGCCAAGAGCAUCCCAAGGAAGAGGAUCUCCCUGAAACGACCUAAGAAGUGCUUUCGGAACCUAUUCCACAUUCGCAGAAACAAGACUGAGAACUUGGCCUCACUGGUGACCAAGGGGGAGAACCUGUCUUCCCCUCGGGGCCCAUCAGAGGCUAGUGGGCAGACAGGCAAAGCCUUCUUCCCCUUAGGUGAGGGACUGGGGCCCGACAGCCUGUUCCAGGACCUAUCUGACAAUGAGCUCCUGCCUGACUCUUCUGUUGACCUCUGCAGGGCCCUAUGUGAGGAUGUGGCCUCACUCAAGAGUUUUGACUCUCUCACGGGCUGUGGGGAGAUCUUUGCAGAUGAAAGUUCAGUGCCAUCCCUGGAACUGAAUGAGGGCCCAGAGAGCCCAACCCAGGUAUCACAGGCCCUUGAAAGCAAGGUUCUUAGGGGCCCCUUCCAGGGCAGUGUGGAACAGCCGGCAUCACCUGCCCAAAACGAGUUGUCUGACUUUGCCAAGUUCUGGGACAGUGUGAAUCACUCUGUGAAGCAGCAGCACCGUGCCCUACUGGAGCCAUGGCUGGGGGGUCCCCAGGGCACAGACACAGACCGGCCCAGGCUGGAUGCAGCUGGGCUUGCUGAGCUACCCCUGUGUCCCUGUAGGGACCCCCACAGUGGCUCCAAAGCCAGCUCCAUAGACACAGGUACCCCUAAGAGUGAGCAGCCAGAAUCCGUGUCCACGAGUGAUGAGGGCUACUAUGACUCAUUUUCACCUGGCCUUGAGGAGGACAAGAAGGAGGCUUCAAGUCCAGGCACACCAGCAGCCUUCCCCCGGGACAGCUACAGUGGAGAUGCCCUCUACGAGCUCUUCUAUGACCCCAGCGAGGGCCCUGUUGGCCCAAGCCUGGAUGAUGACCUAUGUGUGUCUGAGAGUCUGUCAGGGCCAGCCCUAGGAGCACCACUGUCCAUGUGCAGCUUCCAUGUGGGGGCAGAGGAGAACUUGGCCCCAGCACCAGGCCCAGACCUGCUCAGCCAGGGCUUUUUGCAAAGCUCCUGGAAGGGCAAGGAGUGCCUGCUAAAACUCUGUGACACCGAGCUUGCCAUCACCAUGGGCAUUAUCAACUGGCUUCGCCGUGGCCCUGAACUCCGCACCCCACCUGCCUCAGCCCCUGGAGAAACUGCAACCUCACCCAGGGGACAGGCAGAGAAGCUGGAGGGCAGGGGGGCUAGGGCUUCAGAUGCAGGUAGGACCGCUGUGGGCUCAGCACCCAGCAGGUGGGAGCUGUGGGCACAUUCGGGUCCCAAGGGCCUGCUUGCUGGAGAGAGCAAGGUCCUAGGAGGGCCCGAGCAGGGAACCAGCACUCUGUCCAGGGACCCAUCUCUGGAGUGUGUGCAGGUCUCUGGGGAAGGAAAGAUGCAAGGCUGCCAUGAAGGCUUGUUCUCCUCUGUGGGGUCUGCAGCCUCUGCAACAAAAGACACCUCUAGCAAAAAUAAGGUCCCAAACCCUUGGCCUGGCUUCCAGGAGCCCAGGCCUCCUGGGAAUCUGGAGUGUUUCCAAGGUCCCUGGACGCCAGGUCCUGGCGGAAGCACCCUCGAUGUAGAGCCCACCCUGACAGGCUGUGUGGCCCAGGUUGCAGCCCUGCACAUCCACCCAGACUGCCAGCCCCCUACUACACAGUCCCCAAGGCAGGACACAAGCAGUGAGUCCUGUAGGCACCCUCAGGCCAGAGGCUCUGAUAUUCUCCAGCAGAAACAGACUAACAGCUUCCCUCGCAUGCCGAUUGUGUGUGGCCUGCCCUCCCUGGCUAGUCCACUCCACAGCCCACAGGACCAGAGGUGCCCAGGCCAUGUCCUGGGCCUUAGCCAGCUCGGGGUGGAGCCCACCAGGAUGGAUGCCCAGGCUCAUCAUGCUUCUAUGGAUGACCAGCCCCUGCAGCUCAGUUCAAGGGCUGUGGAGCAGGCGAUACAUAGGGGCCAGCUAGAUUUGUAGCCUCUUGGCCCUACUAUCCAGCUGAGCCCCUGGGGCCAACUGCCAGGAAUCCUAGACAUCACCUCCAACAGCCAGUACAAGUGAGCCCCCUCUGCAAGUACCCCAGAAAGUUGCUACAGUUUCCUGGCCCAUGAAGGCUUCCUCUGCAACCAACCGGAAAUAGGAGCCCCCAGACGCAUGGCUGAGCCUCACCUAUAG